UGAAACGUAAGCCAGGGAAGACGAGAAAGUUAGAAACACAGUGGGGGAGGCAAACGGUUCAGAGAAAAAAUGAAGACACCAACGCUUUCCUAUAAGAGCAUUUUCUGGACAAAUUUGCAACCUUCACUUUCAAAACCUCUGCAAUUAUUUCAUUUUUCUUCUUUCCUUUCUUCAAUUCGUUGCUCGCAGAAGAAGAAAUUGAAGCACUUGGAUCGGAAUUUCAGUCUCAUUUCAUCAAGGCAUUCAAGUCAGUGGCCUCAAUGUAUAACUCUAGACGACCGCUGGUCAGGGAACCUCCCGCAGACGGCUUCCCCCGUUGCACGCAGCAUUGAGAGCAUAUUUCUUGAUAACAAGAGUUCCAUAGAAUCUUCGAGAUGGAUGCAAGUUAAGGAUAAUUUUCUUCUUCUGGGUAAAACUCGUAUUAGUUCAAGAAGUCAAGAUGAUGUAUCAACGUCUUUCAACUGCAAUGAUGCCUCAGACUUUGAUACAUUAUUUCAUAGAUGGCUGAAGUUUACACUACUCUUUGGGUUGCUCAUGCUGCAAGGCUCUCAACAGGCAGUGGCUGGUCCAGAGUUUGCUAGUGCGUUGCAGCCAUUUCCUUAUUUGGGGGAUCUUGGUGAUAUUAGCACAGGUUUUGCUUCAGCUUUCCUGCUGAUAUUUUUCUCUGAAUUGGGGGAUAAAACAUUCUUUAUUGCGGCACUUUUAGCAGCCAGGAAUUCUGGGGCCGUUGUUUUCAUUGGAACCUUUGGUGCACUUGUGGCAAUGACUAUCGUGUCUGUUGUUCUUGGCCGGACCUUCCAUUAUGUUGAUGACAUCCUUCCAUUCAGAUUUGGUGACAUUGAUUUGCCUGUUGAUGAUAUUGCUGCAGCUUUCCUCUUGAUAUAUUUUGGAGUCACCACAUUGCUUGAUGCCGCCUCAAGUGAUGGUUUGAAGGCAGAAGAAGAACAAAAGGAGGCAGAGCUAGCGGUUUCUGAAUUUUCAGGAAAUAGUGACGGGAUCGUAGCUGCUGCUAAUACUGUCAUAAGCACUUUCCUACUGAUUUUUGUUGCUGAAUGGGGUGAUAAAUCAUUUUUCUCCACGAUAGCACUUGCUGCUGCUUCUUCACCCCUGGGAGUCAUUGGCGGAGCACUAGCAGGUCAUGCUGUUGCAACUUUGAUUGCUGUUCUGGGAGGUUCUUUACUGGGGACAUUCUUAUCAGAGAAGUGCCUUUACAGGUGGUUGGCUACAUGGGAGGUACUCUAUUCUUAGUCUUUGCGGCGGUAACAUUGAUUGAGAUAGUUAAUUAGAGAUUAGGUUUGACAAAUCUCGCAUCCAAAGUGGAAUAUGUUCGGUUAAAUUUCACUAGCCAACAACUGUAUCAUAUGGUAGAAAUGGGUUGCAUAUGGAAGAUUUCAUGAUUUUUUUUUUCCCUCUCUUACCUCUAUCGCUUGGAUGCCUUAUUAUUAUUAAGACAUCGGCAUUGCCUCGAUGCUUAUUAGGCGGCAAAAUCUAGGGAUCAAGCUUGAUGAUUUGUGUUAGAAGCUAAUACUGUGCA